UCCAACCAGCGUGUUACCAUCGCUCGUUACAUUGAAAACGACUGGCAGAGCUUCCACGGUCGUCUCUGUUAUUACUACACUUUCAUUAUUCUUUCGGCGUUUUUGAGAUAUAUCCAGCCAUGGAUGUGGACAGUGCCAGUUCAGUGGUGCUGCAGGCCUUAACCCAAGCCACCAGUCAGGACACAGCCGUGCUGAAGCCUGCAGAGGAGCAGCUCCGGCAGUGGGAGACACAGCCGGGCUUCUAUUCAGUACUUCUGAAUAUUUUCAAUAACCAUACGCUGGAUGUGAACGUGAGAUGGCUUGCUGUGCUUUACUUCAAAAAUGGCAUUGACAGAUACUGGAGGAGAGUGGCCCCUCAUGCAUUAUCAGAGGAGGAGAAGAGAUCGCUGCGUGCUGGUCUUAUCACAAACUUCAAUGAACCCGUCAAUCAGAUAGCAACCCAGAUCGCGGUACUGAUAGCCAAGGUGGCCCGCCUUGAUUGCCCGAGGCAAUGGCCUGAGCUCAUUCCAAUUCUGCUCGAAUCCGUAAAGGGUCAAGACGGUCUGCUGCAGCACAGAGCACUGCUAACUUUCUAUCACGUCACCAAAACAUUGGCAUCCAAGCGUUUGGCACAGGACAGGCGUCUUUUUCAAGAUCUGGCAUCAGGCAUCUACAGCUUUGCAUGUUCCCUGUGGAGUCAUCACACCGACUGCUUCCUGCAGCAAGUCUGUGCCAGAGAUGAGGCUGCAGCGCUCAACUCGUUGGAGAGGACUCUGCUCUCACUUAAAGUACUUCGCAAACUGACAGUGCAUGGAUUUCAGGAUCCCCAACAGAAUAUGGAAGUAAUGGGUUUCCUGAAUGCAGUGUUUGAAAGGCUAAAACAGUUCUUGGAAUGCAGUCGGCAGGUUGGUUCAGAGAGCCCAUGCAGAGAAAAGCUGGAAAAGACAAUAAUACUGUAUACUAAAGUUUUGUUAGAUUUCUUGGAGGACCAUGCGUGUGCAUUCAUUCCCCUGAUCCAGCGCUCCCUGGAGUUUGCCGUUACCUACGUUUUCACACCUGCUGGGGAGGGAGUGACCUUCGAGCGCUUUAUUGUUCAGUGCAUGAACCUCAUCAAGAUGAUAGUAAAGAACGAUGCAUACAAACCUGCCAAGAAUAUUGAUGAGAGUAAACCAGAAAGUCUAGAGGCUCACAAGAUCAAGACAGCCUUCUUCACUCACCCCACGCUGACAGAGAUCGGGCGCCGACUUGUCUCACACUAUUUUCUCCUCACAGAAGAAGAAUUGGCAAUGUGGGAGGAGGACCCGGAGAGCUUUGCUGUUGAAGAAACUGGUGGUGAUUCAUGGAAGUACAGUCUACGGCCUUGUACAGAGGUACUUUUUCUGGAAAUCUUCCACAACUACAGCCAGACCCUGACACCAGUACUCCUGGAUAUGGUUCAGAAUCUGCAGGGCCCAACAAAUGUGGAGGACCCUGUUCAGUUGCUGAUGAAGGAUGCAGUUUACAAUGCAGUGGGGCUGGCAGCCUAUGAACUGUUUGACAAUGUGGACUUUGACCAGUGGUUCAAGAAUCAGCUUCUUGGAGAGCUGCAAGUCAGCCAUCACAGGUACAAACUGAUACGAAGACGAGUCAUCUGGCUAAUAGGGCAAUGGAUCUCCGUCAAAUUCAAAUCUGAUCUUCGACCUUUGCUCUACGAGGUGAUCUUAAGCCUCUUGCAGGAUCCAGACCUAGUGGUGCGGAUUGAAACGGCAACAACACUAAAGCUGACUGUUGAUGAUUUUGAAUUUCGGACAGAACAAUUCCUCCCUUACCUGGAGUCCAUCUUUGGGCUUCUCUUCCAGCUUUUGCAGCAGGUUACAGAGUGUGACACUAAGAUGCAGGUUCUUCAUGUUAUUUCCUGCGUCAUAGAGCGAGUCAACACUCAGAUCCGACCAUAUGUAGGCUGCUUGGUUCAGUACCUGCCCCUGCUCUGGAAACAGUCUGAAGAACACAACAUGCUUCGAUGUGCCAUACUGACAACACUAAUCCACCUGGUGCAGGGCCUUGGGGCAGAGAGUAAGAACCUUUACCCUUUCCUUCUUCCUGUCAUCCAACUGAGCACCGACGUUUCUCAGCCGCCACACGUCUAUCUGCUAGAGGAUGGACUGGAGCUUUGGCUGGUGACUUUGGAGAACAGCCCAGCCAUCACCCCGGAGCUGCUCAGAAUUUUCCAGAACAUGUCAGCUUUGUUGGAGCUGAGCUCCGAGAACCUCCGCACCUGUUUUCAGAUCAUAAUUGCCUACCUAUACUUGUCUGCCAUUGAGUUCCUGCAGAAUUAUGGUGAAUCUUUGUGCCGAUCCUUUUGUGAACUUCUAAAGGACAUUACAAAUGAGGGACAAGUCCAAGUACUGAAGGUGGUUGAAAUAGCUUUAAAGGUUAGCCCUGUACUGGGAGUCCACAUGUUUCAACCUCUGAUGCCAGCUGUCUUUAGAGGUAUCGUGGAUGGGGAGCGUUAUCCUGUUGUGAUGUCCACCUACCUUGGCAUCAUCGGCCGUGUCCUGCUCCAGAACUUCAGCUUCUUCUCCUCUUUGCUCUCUCAAAUGGCCUCUGAAUGCAACCAGGAGAUGGACCAGUUGCUGGGGAGCAUGAUCGAGAUGUGGGUGGACCGCAUGGACAACAUUACUCAGCCUGAGAGGAGGAAAUUGUCAUCUUUGGCCCUUUUGUCUCUUCUCCCAUCUGACAACGGUGUGAUCCAGGACAAAUUCUGUGGCAUCAUCAAUAUUUCUGUGGAAGCAUUGCAUGAUGUGAUGACAGAGGAUCCAGAAUCGGGGACCUUUAGAGACUGCAUGCUGAUGUUCCAUUUUGAAGAGCCCAAGCUAAGUGACGAAGAGGAGCCACCAACUGAGCAGGAUAAGAGGAAGAAACUUUUGGCCCUGGAGGACCCGGUGCAUAGCGUGUCUCUCCAGCAGUUUGUCUAUGAGAAACUGAAGGCACAGCAAGCCAUGAUGGGGGACCAGAACUUUGGGGUCCUGAUGGAGACGGUGGACACAGAGCUCGUCAGGCAGCUCCAGGAGUUCCUGCAAGCUCUCUGAAUACGAAAUGUUCCCUUCACCUCCUUACACAAAUGCUACGCUCUACCACCAUUUAAGGAAAAAAAAAAGUACUAAAAAGGUUAACCAUCUACCCAAUGUGUGAACUCGUGAUUCAGACCUUCCCAGACUAUGCCUUAUCUAUAUUCAGCCCUAGCCUUCUCAACCACUUUUUGUCCCCUUCGAUGUUAUUUAUGGGUGGCUACGUAAGUUUAAAGACUUUUAAAACACCCACAUGUAGACAUCAUCACACCAGAGCUUCCAUUUAAUUUUCCUAGUUUCUUAACUUUGGAACAGGUCGACUUGAGGUGCGUUAAAAGUUAAAGUAUGGAUGGUUUAUAUUGCAACAGUUGGAACGUGACAUUUAAGACUAAGCAGCAGGAGCCAGAACAGAAGCCUUGGACUGUUUUUAAAUGGGAGGCGGGAAAAAAACCUGCAGAUUGUAGCAGAUGUGUGUUUAAAGAAAAAAAAACCCACAAGGAUCGAAAACAGUGUUUACAGAAACUAUUCUUAAAAGACAAAACAGAAAUGUAAUUUUGUAUGUAUGUAAAGUAUGAAUAAUGAUCUGCAUGAUAAUCUUUUUUCCUUUUUAAUUUUGUUAUAAGAGGUCAGGUAGAAGUUACUACUGAGCGAUUGUUUUUUUUUUUUUUGUCAGUCAAUGCAUAUAUUUUAAAAUAAUUUUGUCGAUUGAAUGCUGAACCAGAUUUAUACGUAUGUACUUACUGCUGCUAAUAGAUGGUGUCAGAGCACUUUAACAACCAAAAACUGUUUUACAUCUUUUAUUUUCCUUCAUCGUUUAGCACAACAAUUGGGGUCUCAGAGCAGGACUGAAGUUAGCUUAAAAACUUUUUUUCUUUUUUUUCUCCAUUUAUCUUAGUAAAACUUAGCACCAGAUACACACUGUUAGGUCAUGUUUUAUAUUUCUUUGGUUUACUCAAUUUCUUGGCUUGUUAAUUUUUGGCUAAUCACUAAAAAUGUUCCAUAUAUUUUUACAGACCAGUUUUAUUUAGAAAUAAAUGUUUGAUAAAUGUGAUCUGAAAGGAGAACUGUUUGGUUUUGAUAUUUCCUCAGUUUAAUUUCUUAAGAGGUUUACAAAAUGUCUGAUAGUAAAUUACUAGACUUUGGCAGAUCUAAGUACUUUAUUCGGUUUAAUUUGGGACAGUUAAAUUGUGAAUAUAAAUUAUAUCACAAAAAUAGCUUUAUUGUAAAUUAAAGGUCAUAAAAAGGGAAACUUUUUAUGAAAAAAAUUGUGAACCUCUGUCCUGAUUUAAUAUUGAUUCUUUUGGGGUUUAUGGAGCAAAUAAUUUUCUCCAUUAGAUUUGAGUUAUAAGCAAAGCUAAGAUGAUGAUCCAGACUGAAGCUCGUUUGACACUGUGUCAGAAUUACAGCCUUAUGCUUUCAGCCUUUCCUAUUCCUACAACCUGAAAGAUCUUCUUUUUUACUUGUCUGUUCAGUUUUUAACUAGUUUAUCUGUAGAUAAGUUCUUAAAUUGUUUAUUCUUUUUUAAACUAGUAAUAAUUAAGCUUUGAAUGUCACAUACACAGUAGGGAAGAUGUUUGGUUUGUUUUUUUUGAAAACUAUUCCUGUUUUUCCUUUCUCAAGCCUUCAAUAAAAUGAAGUAAUCAGCCAAAGCAGCUGUGAACUUCUUUUCUCCAGGGUCUGAUUUUCAGGAUCUGCAUUUCUGAAAACACUAACCCACCUGAAAAUGUUUCAAAUAUCUAAUACUUUUUACUGUCUGGUUUUGUUUAUUGUUUUGAUUACAAGCAUACUAACAGCCUGACCCCGACAUAGCUAUCAAGUUUUAAGAACAGUUGGUGCAAAUAUACUGAAUUGGUUUAAUGUAAAACAUUAAAGGAGACCUAUUAUGCAAAAUUCCCUUUUUUCAUGUUUUUGUUCUUCCAUUUGGGUCUCUAUUGCUUCUCGAAACAGUCCAAGCACUUAAAUAAAUACCUACAGCUGUUUCCUGGCAAUAAGUAAAAGUUUUUUGGGUGUUUUUGUUGCUGACUUACCAUUCAUAAAGUGUGCUGCAUUGUUGACCAUUGUGCUGGAGGCCCCACUUCUGCUUCUCAUUCUGACUCUGAAUCAAAGUUGUAGUUGUACAAUUACACACCUGUUUGCAGUGAGAAACCAAAAAUGGUCAUCUAUAACA